CGCGCAGCAGAGAGGACGGAAAGAAGCACCCACAAACGAUCAGUAGUCGCUUUACUCAUUUCUCAGUGAAGGAACGCAGAAAGGAAGAUGGUCUAGACACGACAUUUUAAGAUUAAAUCACUGAAUGUAAUUCCGUUACAUUCAUAAAUAGUGCGCGCAAGGCUCGCUUAGUUCAUUUUUUCGUCUCGACACUCGUCUCCUCUUUGAGAGAUACGUUCCCAUGCGAUUCUUCAGACUCACAUUUAAGUGUUUCGUGGAUUGUUUUUGAGGGUGCUGUCCAUUUCGGUGUAUUUUUUCUUUUGAGAGCGUUUUCUAGUUUUCUUUGACAUUAUUUUAAAACAAGAAAUUUUACAAUCCUACCAACAUCCCAGUUGCCCAUUUCGCCAACAAAUCUGACUGCCUGCUCAUUGAGCGUUUGACACUGCAAAGCGAUUACUGAAACAAGAAGAAAUUUUACCUACUGACUUGCAUCCCUUUUGGGACCUGAAAGGACCAGAUCCUAUUAAUAAAUAGGGAGAUAUUUUCCCUAUAUUCCCUACUUCUCAGUGUUGUCUGGGCGUUGAGAGGGUGUUUUGUUUACAAGUGCGUAAUUGGAAUGGAGAAAUCUUCUUUCAACACUGACUGCUGUGCUGUGAACGUGGUCCUAGGAGAGGAGAAAAAGGGUCACCUCAUCCCUAACGGAAACGGACAUCAAGGCGUCAAUGGAACCGUUAUUGGCGGCAAUGGCACGGCCGGUCCCGUGGCUGCACCUGGAGCGGUGUCCGCGGUCAAAGGAUACCAAGAAAGAGAGACUUGGACCAGACAGAUGGAUUUCAUCAUGUCCUGCGUGGGCUUUGCAGUAGGUCUGGGAAACGUUUGGCGCUUUCCUUACCUCUGCUACAAGAACGGAGGAGGAGUUUUCCUCAUCCCGUAUGGCCUGUUUAUAUUUCUGGGGGGUAUUCCGAUCUUCUUCCUGGAGAUUGCUCUGGGCCAGUUCAUGAAGGCUGGAAGUAUCAAUGUUUGGAACAUCGCGCCGCUGUUCAAAGGACUGGGCUUUGCGUCCAUGGUGAUCGUGUUCUUCUGCAACACGUACUACAUCAUGGUGCUGGCCUGGGGCUUCUACUACUUCAUCAAGUCCUUCAACAGCACGCUGCCUUGGUCCACUUGCAAGAACCCGUGGAACACGCCGAGCUGCAUUGAGAUCUUCCACAAGGAUGACUGCCACAACGGAACCAUUGGCAACUCCACCUUUGGCAACCUGACAUGCGAGGAGUUAGCAGAGGGACGUUCUCCCAUCAUCGAGUUUUGGGAGAACAAGGUGUUGAACAUCUCUGAUGGGUUGGACCAGCCAGGCGAGAUCAACUGGGAGCUGACGCUGUGUCUGCUGGCUGUGUGGGUCAUGGUGUACUUCUGCGUGUGGAAGGGGGUCAAGUCCACUGGAAAGAUUGUUUAUUUCACUGCCACGUUCCCCUACAUCGUACUGAUCAUCCUGCUGGUGCGUGGGGUGACCCUGCCAGGCUCCUAUGAUGGGAUCAUGUACUACCUUAAACCUAACUGGUCUAAGCUCGGAGAGCCCCAGGUCUGGAUUGAUGCGGGCACCCAGAUAUUCUUCUCCUAUGCCAUCGGCCUGGGGGCUCUCACAGCUCUUGGCAGCUACAACAGAUUCCACAACGACUGCUAUAAGGAUGCGUUUGUUCUGGCGCUGAUCAACAGUGGCACCAGCUUCUUCUCCGGUUUCGUGGUCUUCUCCAUCCUGGGCUUCAUGGCCUCCGAACAGGGAGUGGACAUCUCCAAAGUGGCAGAAUCAGGCCCUGGCUUGGCCUUCAUCGCCUACCCAAAGGCCGUGUCCAUGAUGCCCGUGGCACCCGUGUGGGCAGCUCUCUUCUUCUUCAUGCUUCUGCUGCUGGGACUUGACAGUCAGUUUGUUGGAGUGGAAGGCUUUGUAACUGGGAUUCUUGAUCUUUUCCCUGCAAAGUAUAACAUGCGCUAUCAGCGAGAGAUCGCUGUGGCAAUCACCUGUUCAUUGUGCUUCAUAAUUGAUCUCUCCAUGGUUACACAGGGAGGGAUGUACGUCUUCCAGCUGUUUGAUUAUUACUCUGCCAGUGGUAUGACCCUGUUGUGGCAAGCAUUCUGGGAGUGCGUGGUUGUCGCCUGGGUCUACGGUGCUGACAGAUUUAUGGAUGACAUAGCUCGUAUGAUCGGUUACCGGCCUUUCCCUUGGAUUAAGUGGUGCUGGUCGUUUAUUACUCCAUGUGUUUGCAUGGCUAUAUUCCUGUUUCACCUGAUUAAUUACAAGCCUUUAACCUACAACAAUGAGUAUGUGUAUCCGUGGUGGGGCGAGGCGAUCGGUUGGUGUCUGGCUCUCUCCUCCAUGUUGUGUAUCCCCAUUAGCCUGCUCUACAAGCUCUGUGGACCUGUCGGAUCCUUCAAAGAGCGCUGGGCCAAUCUGACCAAACCAGUGUGGGGUCCUCAUCACCUGGAGUACAUGGCUACGGAAGCAGAGAUCAAGAGCCUGGCCUCCCCACUCUCCCCCGGCUCCGAGGAGAACAAGGUCAUUAUCUUUGAGAGUGUCAUGUAGACCUAAGGAGGAGAAGGAGGAAGAGUAGGAGGAGGUCUACAUACUGUAGGAGGACGCCACCGUCAUCACGCUGCCCCCCCUUAGGACAAGCUGCCAAGAAGGCUGCAGAAUCCAAAACACUAAAAAAAAACACAUCCAAAGCUAUAGGCAUAGUUUUAGUCAUAGUGUCACUUUAACUUGACAAAGUCAGCCAUAGUUUUAAUUAUAGAGUCAGUCACUAAAAGUCAUCAUGUUCCAUAUUUUGAAAACCAAAUCAGUGACUGAUCUGACCUCUUUCUGUUUAUCAUGCGAAACCAUUCUCAGUGAUUUUGUGUUUUCUUAAUAUUACACCAUUCAGGUAUAUGACUACCUUUGUGUUGUGAUACGGAGGUUCAUUUUAAACAUUUAAAACUCUACAAAUCUAUAUAUCAAUAUCAUGAGAUAUGAUAAAUUACCUUUGUAAUAUAUUAGUAACUGUUCCAUUAAAAACACUACCACUAGGUUUGACAGUGAGGCAGCUUGUCUUGAGGGAGGCUUUAGGCGUGGCGUGAUGUGUGUUUAUCUCUCGCAGCAUCGGGGAGGAGUGUGCAAGGCGAGAGGAUGUAUUAUGUUUAUUACUAUAUGUGUGAAUGGGCUUCUUUGCCCCACCCCUCGGAUACACCGCAGAAUUCCCACAGGCCGACGCUCUUCCACAGCACAGUCCGCCAGGGGCCACCUUGAAAUUCCACCACUCGACCACCUCACCAAUCAACCCUUUAAAUUCAUGAAGACCCAACAGGGUUGACGAUACUUUUUGAUUUUUUUAAAGAUAAAUACGCAUAGAUGUUGCAGAUGGUCUUGAACGCCGUUGUUGCACUGAUGUGUUUCCCGGUCUUAACGGGGCAAGUUCAAUACUUUUCCUCUUCAGCGUACAGGGAUGGACAGAGUGUGGAGGGAGUUAAGUGGAAAAGGGAAAUGGAUUUGGGACCUGCUGACCUACUUGGGUAGAUGCACAGUUUGUCUGAGGUGUAUGGACAUAUAAGGGUUGAGGUGUGGCAGGCGGGGAGUGAGACUGGCGGGAUCUCCACAGCUUACAGUGCUACACCUGGUUGGCAGGCUCUCACAGUAUUGUAGAAUGACUCACCAUGUGUGAAUGCCUGGGAAAAGCCCAUGGUCCAGCCGAUGCGUAUAACUGUUUUGAUUCGACAAUCACACUCCUGACUUUUUUCUUAAAGUAAGACAUGAUUGCACAUGCAUCUGGUAUUUACAGGAGUAGCCCCGAUACUAUAGCGUGAAAGUGGUGGGAAGUUUCGGUCUGACUUUCUUUCAGCGCUGCUUUCCGCAACGCUGACUCUGGUUGCCAAAAACGGUCAAAGCCAAACGCUUUGUUCGACGAGCACAAGUUUUGUUUGAUGUGUCUUUCGCAACUACACCUACACCUCAACAGUAUGUAUACCGCAGAUGUAAUGAAAGUGCCAAAAGGGAGUAUGUGUCUGCUUGACAGAAUAGCUUUGAUUCAUGCCAUUAAGCUAAAACACACACACACACACACACACACACACACACACACACACACACACACACACACAUACACAUCUACACACGUCACAGUUUCAUCUGCCUAGACUAGUUCAGUGUGUCUGUGUCUGCCAAGAAGAUGCACUACUCAUAAUGGGAAGCUUACUGGAAAUAAGUCUUAAUGCAGCUCUGAGUUCUCAAUGCCAUUGACUCAAUAGAUUCUUGGCAAACAUCCCUGCCAGUAUUUGCAAAAAUCACGCGCGCACACACACACACACACACACACACACACACACACACACACACACACACACACACACACACACACACACACACACACACACACACACACACACACACACACACACACACAAUUCCAAAACAGUCCCCUGAUUCCUAAACGUAGUGACAUGACAUCGUUUGAUGUUUAGACGCACACAAGGCAGAUUGAUGACAGUAAACAGUGGCGUCGUCCUCAGGACACGGUCCGAGAGAGCAGAUGAGGGACUACCAAACACACGGUCCGUUGAUGCUGGGAGCAACUGCUCCAUAUUCUGGGCCUGUUGAGUGUGUAGUGUAGCAGGCCAGAGUUGAGUGGAGAGUGUAAAGUCACUGUAGGCUCCUCCUCACCGGACCGUGCCCUAGUCCCAUGUUGACGAGCACAUGCCACUAGCAGCAGCUGCAAAACUGUUUGCCAAUGCACAUUUGUCGGCUGCACAAGGGCCACAAGUGGAAGGUGGUGCAGAGGCCUUCACAAACGCAUGAACUUACGCACACAAACACACAGAGACGCACACAUGCAGGACACACACACAUAUUCAUAGACAUGCGCACACACGCACAAUCUCAGCCCAACACACAAUUCACCAUAUUUGUAUUGUCCUUGAAUUCCAUUCUUCGGUUUUGCUGCAGUUGCAGGUUUUUUUUAGAGGGUGCACAUUUUAGUUGCCAAAUUUUGCCUUCUAUGAAAGAAAGGAAUUUGUCUUAAAGUUUAUCUAAAGAUCUAGCCAAUAUUUCAAACACCAGGUCUCUCUGUUCUUGACUCUUGGACAAACGCCUGUGGGAAUUCUGCCUGUACCACUACCAUCACACCUCAUUGUGACUCCAAUCUAAUUAGAAUGUAAAAUAACCUAAAUCAUGUAUGGCUCCAAAAAAAAGACAUUUGCACAUUGUUGUAUAAUAUCUUCCUAGCACUUUACAAUCGUGUUAGAAUAAGAUUCUCUAUCUUUUUUUUGUUUUACAUCUUUUGUCAGAUGAAUCAGAGAUUUAUUUUGUGAAGGCUUUUUAUUUUACUGAAACAUAUACAAAUAAAUAUUAAAUAUCUUUGUGUGCUAUAUUUUGAAAGUUUGAUGCAGUAUGCAAUUUUUUUUUGGAAAGCAUAAAUGUAUCCCUCCCUGAACCGCUGCAAUGCAGCGUCAGAAAUGGAUCAUGUAAAGAUGGAUAGCACAUUGAAUGGAUUUUAAUUUCAUUUUCAAGUGCUACAGUGUUUAAAAAAAAAAAGUGUUAGACCUUGUCUUUGUGUGCUUAAACUUCAGUAUUGUCCUGACCACCCAAGGCUCCAUUACCGUUUUAUUAUGGGUUGUUUUGUUUUUUAUAUGAAUCAUAACCUUAAUAGAUGAUUGGGAAUGGAUGGCGUGAGGUGAAUGGGCAGGGCAAGCUACCUUCCCAUCAGUCUCACGUCUACAUUACCCAUUUUAAAAGGGACAGUUGUAAUACUCAGAUUAUUUUAUGGAAUCUGUGGUGUUUUUUAAACCCUGUUUUUUUUUAUUUUGUUAUUUUGAACCCCUUGUCCCCAAAGUCUGUAAGACUCCCCAUCAUAUACCAUUAGAGCAGUCAAUAAACCCACUGCAAAGACAUCCAUUAUGCCAUUACAGUAUGUCAUUCACAGAGAUAUGACAGGACCAAAACAUUCUCCCAAACAACACAUGAAACGCAACAAGAAAUAUGGCAACGGGAGCAUUUGCCUGUCAAUUGCUGUCAAUGCCUUUCCCUAACUUUCAGUAGUGAGGAAGUUUUGAUGUGAAGUUAAAGUGCCCACAAGCAAGUCAGAGGACGCACAAGCGGCACCAGUUUAGCUGGAGGUGGUGGCACGACUGUGUGCCUGCAUUGGAAGAUAGUUGAAGUAAUCUAACGCAUCAGUUUUUAACCUACGAGAUAAUACAUUACACUGAAUACAAUAGUUCACUGCAUAGCCUGGGUGGCUCAGUAGAUUUAGCAUUCGAAUAUACUGUAGUAUGUAUACGUAGAUGAAUAAAAAACAAAAAAUUACAUUACCAAAAAAAUAAUAUAAUAAAUGUACGUAUUGUCAUCUAUGUGCUCUGCCAAAUUGCUCUUGACAGUAUCUUUACUCCAAAGGUUUAUUGAGGAAUCAGACUUUAUAUUCGAAUGAAAUAAAUUCCACGUCGUCAAUAUACUGUAUUAUGUCAACCAUCAACUUGUCCACCUAAGAGUUAAAAGACACAGCCAGCUAAUCACUUGGUACAAAUGUGAAAUGCACUAAAAAGGGACGUCUGUAAAUUAUGUUAAUGUUAAAUACCAAGUAAUCCUCUUUGCUUGAACUAAACCCGAUUAGUUCAACCAGAAUUAAUGUCCAUUUUUCAUCCCUAUGGUUGGUGGAUGGAAAACUAAUGUCCAAUUUUUUAAAACCGAUCUGAAGAGUAUUCAUUGGGCUUUGGUGAACGAUACUGUCACGAAAUUUCACUAUAGCACCGUUUAACCUGCUACUUAACAUGUUUUUAACCUUCAUUGUUGUGCUUUGUAACAAAACUGUGAGAUUGUAACAUUGGUCUUCCACCCAUGAUCUAAUGUACAGUAGUAAUAAAAGCAGAGAUUUACGUGUACUGUGUGUGUGUGUAAAUAUAAUAUACUGUAUACUUCUGUAUGUAAUAUGUGUACUAGCAUUGACAAACAAGUCAAUAAUCCAUCCAUCCAUUCGUCUGUCUGUCCAUUUGUCCGUCCGGCAGUGUCCCUCCCAGUUGAAGGGCUUCAUGCUUGAUACCACUGUGAUUUUGUGCUCAAACAAAUCCACUGGCCUGAAUCAGAAAUAACAAAUGGCAAUAAAACUAACUGAAAAAUA